AUGCUACCAAUAAGAGAUGGACUCUUAUCUAGUGUUAUCAACGAUCAAGACGAAGAAAAAGACGGUGUCGUUAUAUUUAAUCAACUGCUCAAUACACCGCUUACUAAUCUACAAAACAAUCACAAUACAACUAAUGUUCGUACUGAAAAUGAAGGAGCAGAAGUUACUUUAUUAAACAAUCGUGAGAAGUCAUCGCCCUCAAGUCAAUUUUCCUUGACGAAUUUUUGUCAAGACAUAUUUACAUUUUAUUGGUUAUCUGUGUGUUAUUAG